AACCAAAUUCAGUGAAUCAAGUACUCUCAUUCAAACGUGUCUUUCUACUCUCUAGGUUCGUGUCUUUUAAAGUCCUAGCUAAUCCAUGAGUCAUCUUAUAUUUUACAUUUUUAAUUGAUGUAAUUUUAUAAUCACCCAAGUAGUAUAACUCUAUAUGGCAUUUUGUAAAGCAAAAUAUCAAUCUUUCUCUAGAAGCCUUAACGUAACACCCACGCGUCAACCUAACAGCCUUCCACGUUGCACAAAUCCACACGUAUUUAAGCAUCCAUUGAAGCAGAAACAGGGAAAAUGAGCCAUGGCCUCCGACGGAGAGCGCCGUGAAGAUGAACUGAGAAUCCCAAAUAUGAAGCUACAGCGCGUGCCGCACCUGACGGACACCCUCCCCUCCCUCCUCGCCCACCCGAACCCGCUCGACAGCAACCCAUUCUUCCACCCCUCCUCCGAGUUCUACAUCACCCCCUCCGACGUCAUCCUCCGCCACAUCCUCCAUGACGUCUCCCACCGUUCCCCCGCCCCCGGGCCCCACCUGGCUUACCACCGUGCCGGCCCCAGGAAGACCAUCUUCUUCGACCCCGGGCACGUGCGGGCGGCUAUAGUCACGUGUGGGGGUCUCUGCCCCGGGAUGAACACCGUCAUCAGGGAGCUGGUGGUAGGCCUCUGGGAGCUCUACGGCGUGCGCCACAUCUUCGGCGUGGCGGCGGGCUACCGGGGAUUUUAUUCCACUGAGCCGCUGCCCUUGAACCCUAAGAUGGUCCAUGACUGGCACAGGAAGGGCGGCACCGCCCUCGAGACUUCAAGGGGCGGCUUCCACCUCGAUCGAAUCGUCGAUGCCAUUCAUGAUCGCGGCUUCAACCAGGUAUAUAUCAUCGGCGGCGACGGCACGAUGCGCGGCAUGGUGGAGAUAUUCAACGAGAUAAAGCGGCGGAAACUGAACAUCGCGGUCGCCGGAAUUCCGAAGACGGUGGACAACGACGUAGGCAUAAUAGACCGAUCGUUCGGAUUCCAAACCGCGGUGGAGAUGGCUCAGCAAGCGAUCAGCGCGGCUCACACGGAGGCGGAGAGCGCGGUGAACGGCGUGGGGUUGGUGAAGCUGAUGGGGCGCAGCACCGGCCACAUCGCCCUCCACGCCACCCUCAGCAGCCGUGACGUGGACUGCUGCCUCAUCCCGGAGAUGGACUUCUUCCUGGAAGGCAGAGGCGGGCUGCUAGAGUUCCUGGGCGGGCGCCUCAAAGACAACGGGCACGCGGUGGUGGUGGUGGCGGAGGGAGCCGGGCAGGACGUGAUACCGAAGGGCCAGGAAUCUCAUGUUGAAGAGAGGGAUGAGUCGGGGAAUCCGGUGUUCUUGGACGUGGGAGGGUGGUUGAAGUCGGAGCUCAAGAAGUGGUGGGCGAGGGAUCAUCCCAAUGAGCUCUUCACGGUCAAAUCUAUUGAUCCCACCUACAUGAUCAGAGCUGUGCCGCCCAAUGCGACGGAUAAUCUGUAUUGUACGUUGUUGGCGCACUCGGCCAUCCACGGUGCCAUGGCCGGCUACACUGGCUUUGUCUGCGGCCCCAUCAAUGGGAACUACGCCUACAUUCCGGUGGAGGAGGUGGCGGCGGCCAAGAAUCCGGUGGACACGAGGGAUCACAAGUGGGCGUGGGUUCGAUCUCUCACUAAUCAGCCUGAUUUUCAGAGGAGGUGAAAUUACAGUAGAUUAAUUAAUAAGAUUGACAAAAUAGUGUGUUGGUGAGGUGGUGGGAGAAAAGAAUAGUAAAAAUGUAGCUUUGUGCAUAGAAAUUGUGAAAAACAGAGCAGUCUUUUCAUCGGUUCACAAAAGAUGCGGGUGGCAUGUGAUUUGGGAAUAUAUGCGAUUUGGCUGCCGACAUAAGCUUCGUUCUUACGUUGCAAUGUGUUUGCUUAUUUUACCGACUUAUUCAAAUUUUGCAUCUCUGUGUCUUGUAUAAUUCUGAUUUCAUAUACCUAUUAAAUUGUAUUAGUAGUCAU